AUGUUCCUAUGCAUAACACCUGACACGGAAUGCAUGCGAUUUAAAGCAUUUCUCAGCCCUGAGUAUCACGACAACAGUAAAACUCACUUUAUAAAUACGUUCGUAAAGGGUUUUCGAAGCACUGACUACGCCGUGGUAGGCAACGCAGAAGAAUCUCAGGGUGGCGUUCCAACUAUGGGAUGUCCGAAACAGGUGUGUUUAACAUUUCAGGCGUUGGGGGUGAUUGGUCGAAUUCGUGUAGGUCGCGGGGACCUUGAUGUAGCAAGCGCACCUCCACGUCUACGUUCUGACAUAUAUUGUAGUAGAAUGAUUCUCUUUACGCUGAUUUCGCGUGUCGCCGAUGGUCUUCCACUGGUAGCCUCGGUAAAAGAAGAUACCGAGUUAAGUCGGAACCUAGUGAGUUAUCAGAAUCAAGCCAAGAUGCUGAUUCGAAGACUUGUGCCGUCUUCACCAACGCGUUGUUCGCUCGUUGCUGGAACGUACUACUUCCACUACCUAUUUGAAUCUGGGAUCUGUUACUUAAUCCUUACAGAAGUGAACUUUCCUAGACAGAAAGCUUUCGCUUUCCUUGAGGAGGUUCACAAUCAGUUCAGUGGCCAAUAUUCAAACGAUGUUUAUACUGUUUCGCGACCAUAUGGUUUUAUUGAAUUUGAUCGUGAAUUGCAGAAACUGCAGCAGAAAUAUACGGACACCCGUGUUUCAUCCAACGUAUCGCAAUUAAAUGUAGCACUGCAAGAUGUGCAACGAAUUAUGAUCCAAAAUAUUGAUGAUGUCCUCAAACGUGGAGAAGCAUUAACAGCCUUGGAUGUCCAGGCGACCCACCUCUCCGACCUAUCACGCAACUACCGAAAUAACGCCGCAUCCUUGAACCUUCAAAGCUCAAUUGCAAAGUACCUUAUCAUCUUUACCGUUGCUAUAAUCCUUCUCUCCUUUUUGUAUUUCCGCUUCCUUUGGUAA